CACGCAUGUGGUUGCUUUGAGGCUGACCCAGCGCGCUGGUAGCAGAUCUUCAGUUGAGUGUAGGAACGACAAACAGCGGGGAGAGCUCGGUGCCUUGCUUCUGCUGAGAGCCUUCUUCGUGGGGUUGAAAACUUGUGAGCAGCAUGUUUUACCCUCUGAAGCUCAUCCUGCUGCCAGUGUUCCUGGAUUACUCCUUGGGCCUUCAGACUCUCUCCCCUUUGCUCACAGUCCAUGUGGGCGACUCAGCUCUGAUAGGAUGUGUUAUCCAGAACACUGGAGGAAGAAGUGUGACCAAGGUGGACUGGAUGCACUCUCCAGGACAGCACGGCAAGGAUGAAUACGUGCUGUUCUAUUACUCCAACUUGACAGUGCCUACCGGGCGCUUUCAGAACCGUUCGCGUCUGGUCGGCGAUGUCUCCCAGAAUGACGGUUCUCUACUGCUCCAAGAUGUGCAAGAGGCUGACGAGGGGACCUACACCUGUGAAAUCCACCUCGAAAACGAGAGCAGGGUGUUUAAAAAAGCGAUGGGGCUGCGGGUGCUGCCAGAAGACCCUAAAGAGCUCACGGUCCGUGCGGGUGACUCAGUACUGCUUGAGUGUCACUUCCAGAGCACAGAAGAGCAACGUGUGACCAAGGUGGACUGGGUGUUCUCUUCGGGACAGCAAGCCAAGGAGGAGACUGUCUUACACUACUCCCUGAACAAGCCUGUGGGCUACCCCCAGUACCAGGGCCGCUUCCAGCACCGCGUGAAGCUAGUGGGGAAGGUUGUUCACAAUGACGGUGCCAUCAUGCUCCAGAAAGUGGAGGAGUCCGACGAAGGACUCUACACCUGCAGUAUCUACCUGGGGAGCCUCAUGUUCAGGAAAACCCUCGUGCUCCACGUGGAAGAGCCUCAAACCACCCCUGGACCCGAGAUCUUGGGAGGAACCCACUUGGUGAUCAUCGUGGGCAUUGUCUGCGCCACUCUCCUGCUGCUCACUGGUUUGAUACUGGUUUUGAAGAAGACAUCCAGAAACAGGAGCUCUGCAGAUUCUUCAGCCUUUGUGAAAAGUCUGGAGGACACACGGAAGGCUAGUCUGGAGACACAUGUUUACUCCCCAGUAGCUACAUGGACGAUGACAGGAGAUGAAGAAACAAGUGGAAAAGCAGAAGCCACCUACAUGAUCAUGCAUCCAGCUCAACCCUCUCCGGGGUCAGAUCCAAAUAACCUACUUGGAAAAAAGACAGUUUUGGGGAUUCCCAGAUCAGAGCAAGCUUUUUGAGAAGAAAGAAGAGAUCUCUUCAUCUUAUGGUGGCGGGGACUCUGUCCUGUGUGUCCUGAGCCACUGUACCAGUUACUUCCGAUGCCUACCUCGCAGCUGUCCUCAGCUUCCGCUAAGGGGCUGAAGGGGGAGGGUUGGAGCCUGGCUGUGGAGGACCAGGCCAAAUAAAAAAGGAAGCCCGUGGACUUGGCCCCUUGGAGUGUGGCCACGGCCCCAGGCAAGCUGGCUGAGCCACCGCAGUGGCCUCAAACACUCCUUAGCCCAGACCCUCAUGUGGACACUUGUUUGUGGAUGAGUUCCUGAAAAGAACCACAGAAAUUUAAACCAAGCCAAAUGAUCCUUCUGGUUUUUUUUUCCAUUUCAUUUCAAGAAGAAAAAGAAGCAAAAAAAAAGGAAAUAAACAAAAAAACCCCAAAUGAUUCUUCUGAUAAGUUAUCCCUAAGUAAAUAUGAUUUUUGGAAA